AUGAGAGGGUCCCCAGGUCGGAAUCCAUGGAGGGCUCUGGGCACCUCUUUCAGUACUGAGGGUGCCUCUGGGGAGCAUGAGGACCCUGCAGCCCAGGCCUUGUCCUUAGGGUGUGGGAAACUGAAGGUCCCGUUGACUGAGGCUGCAGAAAAUUUCAAUGCUACUUUUGAAGAUCAACAAAAGGUAAACAAAUUUGCAAGGAAUAUGAGUAGAAUAACAGAGCUGAAGGAAGAAACAGAAGUAAAAAGGAAACAACUCCACAAUUUAGAAGAUGUUUGCAAUGACAUCAUGCUUGCAGAUGAUGACUGCUUAAUGAUACCUUAUCAAAUUGGUGAUGUUUUCAUUAGCCAUUCUCAAGAUGAAGCACAAGAAAUGUUAGAAGGAGCAAAGAAAAAUUGGCAAGAAGAAACUGAUGCCUUAGAAUCCAGAGUGGUAUCAAUUCAGAGAGUGUUAGCAGAUUUGAAACUUCAGUUAUAUACAAAAUUUGGGGGUAACAUAAACCUUGAAGUUGAUGAAAAUUAA